AUGCGUUACUCACCAUUCGUUGUGCUCGCCCUGAGCGGCGCUGCUCUCUCAGCACCAGCCUCAUCGCAGGGAUGGGGCGACGUGCCUGAGCAGUCUACUACCACAACUCCAGCGCAAGCUGCUUCCUCAUCUGCCUCGACGUGGGGCGAUGUCUCGCAGACACCCAAGGCUGCAGCAUCUUCCUCAACUGCCUCAACGUGGGGCGAUGUCUCGCAGACACCCAAGGCUCCAGCAUCGUCUUCGACUGCCUCAACAUGGGGCGAUGUCUCGAAGACACCAAAGGCUUCAACUGCUUCCUCGUCCGCUGCGACAUGGGGAGACAUUUCCCCGACACCAAAGGCUUCAACUGCUUCCUCAUCCGCUGCGACAUGGGGAGACAUUUCCUCGACACCGAAGGCUUCAAUUGCUUCCUCGUCCGCUGUGACAUGGGGAGACAUUUCCUCGACACCGAAGGCUUCAACUGCUUCCUCGUCCGCUGUGACAUGGGGAGACAUUUCCUCGACACCAAAGGCUCCAGCUGCGUCCUCGUCCGCUCCAGCAUGGGGUGAUGUCUCGCAGACACCUAAGGUGCCUGCUCCAUCCUCGUCCGCUGCGAAGUGGGGCGACGUCUCGCAGACUCCGAAGGCCCCAGCUGCUUCAUCAUCUGCCUCGUGGGGAGAUGUUCCUCAGGCUCCUAAGCCAUCUCAGCCAGCUGCUAGUGGUUCUGGUCCAGCUCCUCCCGCUAUCCCCGUGGCAUCUUCUGCAGGAUGGGGCGACCAGUCUCAGGCUCCGAAGCCAACUCAGCCAGCUCCGGUCGGCAGCUCUGGUGCACCAGCACCACCAAAGCCGGCGGGAUCUUCAGCUUCUUCCUGGGUUGAUGUCUCUCAGGCGCCUAAGCCCACUGCACCUGCCGGUGCAGCUGGCGCUCCUAAAGGUCCCGAAUCAGCUGCUCCAGCACCCAGCGGCAAUGGUCAGCAAUGGGGAGACAAGAGCAGCAUGGCAGCACCGGUGAUGCCAACUCCCGUCGCUGGAUCUCAAGGCCCAGCCUGUGCUGCCAGCACAGUGACUGUCACCGUCACAGCUUGCGGAUCCAACUGCCAGACUUCUAGCACACCAACGGUCAAGCCCAGCGCUCCUGCUGCGCCUGUUAAGCCCUCCGCCUCAAGUGCGGCAGGUGCCGGUGGCUGGCAAGACAACAACGGCCCUGCAGGGAAGCCGACAGCAGCGGGCACACCAGUCGCACCCACUGGUGUACCAAAGCCUGCUGCAUCAUCUGCUGCUGCGAGCAGUGGAUGGCAAGAUAAUAACGGUCCUGCAAGCAAGCCUACUCCAGCAGGAACACCAGUCGCACCCACUGGCGUGCCCAAGCCUGCUUCUUCGUCUGGUGCGGUCAGCAGUGGAUGGCAGGACAACAAGGGUCCGGCUUCAGCAACGUCUGCUGCUGCGCCUCUUGCUGAGUCAAGCGCGGCACCUAAGCCUAGCCAGAGCGGCAACGGCUGGGGCGAUGCCAACUAA